AUGAGAAAGAAGAAGGGAGGAGGAAGGAAGAAGAAGGAAGAAGGGGAGGAGACAGAAGAAGGAAGAAGGAGUGAGAAAGAAGAAGGGAGGAGGGAGAAAGACGAAGAAGGAGGUGGGAGAGAAAGAAGAAGGAAGAAGAAGGAAGAGAAGGAGAAAAGAAGAAGGAGGAAGAAGGAAGGAAGAAAAGAAGGGGAGAAGGAAAGAAGAAGAAAGAAGGAAAUAGAGAAAGAAGAAAGAAGGAAGAAGAAAGAAGAAGGAAGAAAGAAGAAGAAGGAAGAAGAAGAAGAAGAAGAAGAAGGGAGAAGAAAGAAGAAGGAAGAAGAGAAGAAAGAAGAAGAAGAAAGAAGGAGGAAGAAGAAGAAAGAAGAAGGAAGAAGAAGGAAGAAGGAGGAAGAAAGAAAGAAGGAAGAAGAAGGAAGGAAGAAAGAAGAAGAAGAAGAAGAAGAAGAAAAGAAGAAGGAAGAAGGAGGAGAAAGAAGAAGGAAGAAGGAGGAAGAAGAAAAAGAAGAAGGAGGAGGAGGAGAAAGAAGAAGGAAGAAGAAGAGAGAGAAAGAAGAAAGAAGAAGGAAGAAGAAGAAGGAAAGAAGAAGGAAGAAGAAAGAAGAAGGAAGGAAGGAGGAGGAGGAAGAAGAAGGAAGAAGGAGGAAGAAAGAAGAAGGAAGAAGGAGGAGAAAGAAGAAG